AUGGCUGCUCCCUUUACUCGCCUGGCGGGCAAUGCGCCCAAAAGGCUCUGUCUCCGCCCCUCCACGGUCACCAGAAGCACCGCUAUUCCCAGAUCCCGUUCGAUAGCGACCUCCCUCCCUCGUCACCAUGCCGAGCCCACCAGCUACCAGGCCACCCGCCUGGUCCCGACGGAUCCCAGCUUCACACAUUUCGCCAACAAGGGGGUCUCGGAGGAGCCGGGUGAGGCGUCCGGCCUCGAGUCCGAAGCCGAAGGGAUCGACCGGAAGAUCCGUCACUACACGGUCAACUUCGGACCCCAGCAUCCGGCUGCUCACGGUGUGCUUCGGUUGAUUCUGGAGCUCAAUGGCGAGGAGAUUGUCCGCGCGGACCCCCACGUCGGUCUGCUUCACCGUGGUACCGAGAAGUUGAUCGAAUACAAGACCUACAUGCAGGCCCUGCCUUACUUCGACCGAUUGGAUUACGUUUCCAUGAUGACGAACGAGCAGUGCUUUGCGCUGGCCGUUGAGAAGUUGCUGAACGUCGAGAUCCCGGAGCGUGCCAAGUACAUCCGGACGCUGUUCGGUGAGAUCACACGUAUCCUGAACCACCUGAUGUCCGUCCUGUCCCACGCGAUGGAUGUUGGUGCUCUGACUCCGUUCCUGUGGGGUUUCGAGGAGCGUGAGAAGCUUAUGGAGUUCUACGAGCGUGUGUCCGGUGCCCGUCUCCAUUCCGCCUACGUCCGCCCCGGUGGUGUGUCCCAGGAUAUCCCUAUCGGUCUCUUGGACGACAUCUACCAGUGGGCCACGCAAUUCGGUGACCGCAUCGACGAGACCGAAGAGCUGCUCACGGAUAACCGGAUCUGGAAGGCCAGAACCCAGGGUGUUGGUGUCGUCAACGCCGAGGACGCCCUGAACAUGAGUUUCACCGGUGUCAUGCUGCGUGGCUCUGGUGUCCCGUGGGAUAUCCGUAAGUCCCAGCCCUACGAUGCCUACGACAAGGUCGACUUCGACGUCCCCGUCGGUGUCAACGGUGACUGCUACGACCGGUACCUCUGCCGUAUGGAGGAGUUCCGUCAGUCGCUCCGCAUCAUCCACCAGUGCCUGAACGACAUGCCGGCUGGCCCUGUCCGCGUGGAGGACUACAAGAUCUCCCCGCCGCCCCGCGCUGCCAUGAAGGAGAACAUGGAGGCUCUGAUCCACCACUUCCUUCUGUUCACCAAGGGUUACUCCGUGCCCCCUGGAGAGACCUACUCCGCCAUUGAAGCCCCCAAGGGUGAGAUGGCUGUCUUCCUGGUCAGUGACGGCACCGAGAGACCCUACCGCUGCAAGAUCCGUGCCCCUGGUUUCGCCCACUUGGGUGGAUUCGAUCAGGUCUCGCGUGGCCAUCUUUUGGCAGAUGCUGUUGCUAUUAUUGGUACGAUGGAUCUUGUGUUCGGUGAAGUCGACCGGUAG